UAUUUAGAUUUUAUGGCCACUUCAUUUCGCUCUUGCCUUAGCAACAAUACCUCUCUCAGAAAUGGCGGAAAAUGCUCAUUUCUUCGCAGCAAAACCGAUUUGCAGCUUCUCCACAGAUCUCCCAACAAAAAAAGGAAUUUUAUUGUUGCGAAUAUUGCUACGCCGGAAGCAGCUGCAGAUCUAGUUUCCUCUUCAGAUCUUCUCUCUUCCUUCUCUCUCCCCGCCGUCCAAGGCAUCUCUGACAAUCCAUGGGUUGCUGGGAUAGCGGGAUUGAUGGUGGGAGUGCCUUUUCUGAUCCAGUGGCUUGUAACAGUGUCAAAGGAGGUUGGAGUGGUGGCGGAGACGGUGGAGGAAAUAGCUGACGCGGUGGGUAAAGUGGACAGAGCGGCGGAGGACUUGGCGGAGUCGCUGCCGGAGGGAAGGCUGAAGCAGAUUGUGAGCUUUGUUGAGGAUUUGGCUGAAGAAACGGCCAAGGACGCUCAAAUGGUUGAGGAGUUGAUGGACAAGGUGGAAGAAUUGGACGAGAAGUUGGAAAAAAUAUUGGAGAAAGAAUCCAAAAAAGGCAUUGAAAAAGAAUGAUCGAUUAUUGAUCGUUGGAAGGGAUAUAUAGUGCAACAUGAUGCUGCACUUCAAACGCAACAAAUAAAACGUGAAGAUUAUACUCGAGUAAGUAAAAGCUCUUGGAGCUUAAUCGGUUUACCUAUGUACUAUCUCUCUUUUAAUUUAUUCUUUUGGUUUUCGGAUUCCAAAUAUUCACAAUAAUAAUAUAAAUCUCUCUUCUUCA